UUCGUUCUUUGAAGAACGACGGGUUUGCGCAGUUAAUCACUGCCUGCAUUACGUGAUAAUUUAUAUAUGUAAAUAUAUGAAUAAAAUAAGUAACGGGAUACUUCAUAUAUUUAUAUAAAUAUAUAAAUAAAAUAAGUAUAAGCUUAUAAAUAAUUUAUUAGUGGCAGCGCAGAAGUUGACCGUUAUAGUUCGAUUUACAUAUGUGCAUAAUUUUUUGUUUUGUUUAAACUGUGACUCGCGUAUUGAAAGUGAAAAUGCCACAAGAUAUUUUGGAACGUCAAAAUCAAACCAUAAAUGGCAGUAUGAAGGAUAAAUACGGGCGACCUGCUACACCAUCUGCAACAUUCACGAAUGCUGCAUUCACCAACGAUGAGCACGGUGCUGAGACGAUUUUUCGGCGCAAAAGUGGUAACGCCAAUAGUUUGCAGCUGGCAGAGAACGGCAACGCCAAAGAAACAGCUAUCCAAAAUCCGUCGUCCUUGGAUUUCGAUGACAUAUUGCCAAUGAUUGGAGAGUUUGGAAAAUAUCAGAAAAUAUUGUUUCUUCUAAUGAUUCCUUUCGCGACAUUUGUGGCCUUCGUUUAUUUUUCACAAAUUUUCAUGACUUUAGUGCCAGAGCAACAUUGGUGUACUGUACCAGAAUUAGAAGUUCUAACUGUGGAAGAAAGAUUGGCCCUCUCGAUACCUAGAAUGUCUGGAAUUCGGGAAUACGACAAUUGCAAGAUGUAUGAUGUAAAUUAUACGGAAUUAUUGGCCAAGCGCAGGCGUAAAGCCGAUCCAAGCUGGCCCGUAGUAAAUUGCCGCCAUGGCUGGUCAUAUAAUUUUACCGGUUAUCCAUAUGCCACAGUAGCAACCGAACAGAAUUGGGUUUGUGAGCAUGAUGCGCUGCCAACUUACGCCCAAUCGAUUUUCUUUAUGGGGGCUAUUGUUGGUGGUUUACUUUUUGGUUGGAUCGCUGAUAAAUUUGGGCGUAUACCUGCAUUAGUUGGAUGUAACUUAAUUGGUUUUGCGGCUGGUGUGGGUACUGCAUUCACUACAAACUUCUGGCAGUUCGCUUUGAUGAGAUUUUUUGUAGGAUUCGCUUUUGACAAUUGUUUCACGAUGAUGUAUAUUCUGGUACUUGAGUACGUUGGUCCUAGGUAUCGCACAUUUGUGGCCAAUAUGUCAAUAGCGUUAUUCUUUACUGCCGCAGCCUGUUUACUACCUUGGAUUGCGUAUUUUAUUGCAAACUGGAAAUUAUUUGCCAUCGUCACGUCUGCCCCUCUUAUUUUGGUUAUAUUAACCCCUUUCGUUAUACCAGAGUCGGCAAGGUGGCUCGUAUCACAGGGCAAAGUGGAUAAGGCUAUAUCUAUAUUGAAGAGACUCGAAAAAGUGAAUGGAAAGCACGUGCCCACAGGAACGUAUCAAACGUUCAGUGCCAGUUGUUUGAAAAUGAAGCAGGAAGAGACGAAAAAUAGUAGUUAUUCAAUUUUAGAUCUCUUUAAAACACCUCGUUUGCGACAAACCACACUUCUGCUUAUUGUAAUUUGGAUGGCAAUUUCAUUAGUAUUUGAUGGUCAUGUGCGAAAUGUGAGCUCACUGGGAGUAAACGUGUUCUUCACAUUUACUGUGGCUUGCUUCACAGAAUUCCCGGCAGAUAGCAUCCUUACAUUAAUACUAGACAAAUGGGGACGUCGUUGGUUGGCAUGUGGCUCUAUGAUUGCCAGUGGUAUUUUCAGUUUGCUCGCUACACUUGUACCACCUGGGAUUUACUUUGCCUCUUUAGCUAUUAUGGGCCGUUUCUUUGUUAAUAUUUCAUACAACAUUGGCUUGCAAUAUGCCGCUGAAAUUCUGCCGACUGUCGUCCGAGCCCAAGGAGUCGCCUUCAUUCACAUUAUGGGCUACGUUGCGAGUAUUAUAGCUCCCUUUGUUGUGUAUUUAGAAAAAGUUUCUCCGGCUCUGCCGCUUAUUAUUCUGGGUGGUUUAGGAAUCUUUGGCGGUUUACUAGCUUUACUAUUACCAGAAACGCUGAAUCACGAUCUUCCACAAUCUCUAGCAGAUGGUGAAGAUUUUGGACGAGGACAAAGUAUUUGGGAUUUCCCGUGCUUGACAAAAAAACUGGAUGAACACACCACUGGAGAAGUGCGACCACAAAACUUUGUCCGUUCAACACAAACUGGAGCAUCGCUUCGAUCUUCCACCCGGGGAGAAUUUCGUUCGAGUAUUUUAAGAAGAUCAGUGAAUUCCCGUUACUCAUCAAGGCUAUAAAUAUUUACACUUAGUUUUUACUAGAAAAUAAUAUUCAUAAGUAUAUUUGAAGCAAAGCUUCCUUAACAUUGUUCAAGAAGUUAAUUGAGUCCAUACACUUGUGAUAUUAGUACUAAGUACACGUGUCAAACGCAUUUAACGAAUACUUUAGUUCUUACGAAU